AAUAAUGAGUUUGACAUUUGGUACAGAAGAAAAUUAUUUAGUUUUGUUUGGUUCCGUUAGCAUUUUCAUUAAUUAGUAUAUAUUUGUUUAAAUCUUUGGAUUAAUAUGGCUGCAGCACGUUCACGACGUGCCAAUGCUGGCCAUAAAAUUGCACAGUUAUUGGAGGAAGAAGGUGAAGAUGAAUUCUAUAAAACUUCUUAUGGUGGCUUCAAUGAAGAGGAAGACGACAAUGAAUAUGUACAAAGAGAUGAAGAAGAGGAUGUUGUAGAUUCUGAUUUUAGUAUUGAUGAAGCUGAUGAACCUGUCUCGGAUAAUGAUGGCGAACCUGAGAAAAAGCGCAAACGCGGUGGUAUCAAUACUAAAGCAUAUAAAGAACCUAAACCUGCAGUAAAAAAAGAAAAUAAGUCGGCAGUAGUAACAGCAGCAACCGCGGCUGCAAAGAAAAAGGUUGCAAAGGUAGUCAAUAAAAGAAUACGUGGCAAAUAUACUGUACUAGAUUCUGGACGAAAAUCAAUACGCGCAUCAACUGCAAUUAAAACGCAAGCAACAAAAAUACGUCUAAAGGAAUUGGAUGAUGCGCGUAAAAGAAAGAAAAAGAAAAUUAGAGUAGAGGAGCAUAUGCCAACACAAGAAGAGUUAUUGGAGGAAGCAAAAAUAACUGAGGAGGAAAAUAUUAAAUCAUUAGAACGCUAUCAACAAAUGGAAUUAGAGAAAAAGAAAGCUCGUCCCACUAAACGUGCUUUUCAAGGUCCUGUCAUACGUUACCAUUCCAUGUUAAUGCCAGAAACUCGUACGUCCACAAAUGAAAAACCAACAACUUCAGAAUCUAACAGUCCCGCAGUACUAAAUGAACGCACAUUUAUUACAUUUGAAAAUGAUUUAGAUGAAAAUGUCUUCAACGGAAUUUUCAAACCAAAUUCAGCAAAGAAAUCUAUUAACAAUAUUUGCCCAAUAACAAAAUUACCCGCAAAAUAUUAUGAUCCUAUUGUGAAAACUCCAUAUUAUAGUAUACAAGUUUUUAAGAUGUUACGUGAGUCGUAUUAUAUGCUAUUGGAGGAGCGAGGCAAUGCUGAAAAUCCUGAUAUUGCCAAGUGGUUAGAAUGGCGCAAAUUAGUAAAAGAAAAUCGUAAAAAGGCAGCAGAUAAUAAACAAAAUGAUAAUGUAGCUCAGUAAGUUUGAUUGUGGUACAUUAUUAUAUCAACUUUUAUUUAAUAAUUUUGCUAAUAUAUAUUUUGUGACAAUAACAUUUAAUACAUC